AUGGCCACGGCCAGGGCGAAGAUCAGCCUGUCUGAAAUGGGAAUUGAGGAACUCCGACCGAGGCGCGCCGUGAAUGGCGGCCUGCUACUCGAGGUUGGCGGCCCGGAAGGCCAGAAGGCCAGGGUUCUGGCGACAAGGAUGGGCGAAAUCCUGGAAGGAACAGGAACCAAAGUUACCCAGUCCACUAAGGACUGUGGAGUUACGAGUGAAGAGGCUCGAGGAAUCACGCCCUGCGAGGUAGGCACGACUUUGGCCAAGGCUGGAGGCUGCCUCGCUACGGAGGUCAAGGCUGAGGACAUCCGGCCAUCCCCUUCCUACCUGGACUCGCUGUGGGUGAGGUGCCCCCACUCACAGCGGCCCGCAAUGUCAUGGAGACCGGGCGUAUCUUGGUGGGCUGAGGUCUCCGCGAAAGUCGAAGUGCUCGCACCAAGGAAGCUCCAAUGCUACAUGUGCUUGGAGUUCGGGCAUGCUCGGCAAUGCUGCCCGAACAAUGUGGACCGGAGUGCCCUGUGCUUUAGAUGCAGAGCCGGGGAUCACAGCGAAAAACUGUGCAAGACGCUGGCUCACAAGUGCCCGGUCUGCGCGAACCUUGGACGACCGGCGGAGCACAGGUUGGGAGGCGGGCAAGCGAGGUCACCCGCCGCGAAACCCUCCACUGGACAGGGCCCAACUGCUGAAGGCCCGGAGGAGUGGAGUCUGUGA